AUGAACCCGCACGCUCCAGCCCAUGGCGACAAAAAGACUGUCUGGAAUCAUACCUUCAAAUGGACUGAAAAUCAUCUGACAGCCGAGGAGCUGAAGCCAUUGCGAGAGCAGGCUGAUGAUGUUGCGGUGGCUGUGGUAGAGCAUUUGCAAGCUCUGGGCCUGCUGUGCCGCCGUGACCUGUACGGUAUGUUAAAGGUAAACCAUGAGAACGAUGAGACUCUUCGGGGUUUCUGGGAGGAGAUACAUACGGUUCCAGAAUGGGUAGACUGGGUACAAAUUGAGCGGGGUCAGAAAUUCCUCUAUCGCUAUUUAGCACCCAACCUUGCCGGACUUGCACUACAGGGGUUUUUGGGUGGUACUGCGACCAUCGCUGGAGGAACCGAAGUGCUCGUGCGGACGGGCGGCUUUUCCGUCAACGUGCUUCAAAGGCGAUUCCUUGAGACGUUCCUCUGGCUGCUACAGGUGACGAGCUCGCUCGAUUCGAUCAAACCAAAUGGUGAAGGGUUUAUCUCCACGGUGCGCGUGCGCCUGCUGCAUGUGACGGUGCGCCACCGCAUCCUGGAGCUGAUGAAGCAAGACCCGAGCUAUUUUGACCAAGUUCAGUAUGGGACACCGGUCAACCUCAGAGAUGCAAUUCACGCAACGUGCAUCUUUUCUUGCAUGCCCCUCUUCCGCCAGCUUCCUGCCAUUGGUAUUCAGCCUGGCGCGGAUGAGUCGGCAGACUUUUUAGCCUUGUUUCGAUACAUCGCGUACCUUAUGGGCACACCGCAUGAAUACUUCGAUGGAAUCAAUAGAGCCAAAGCGAUGAUGGAGAGUGUUAUGCUCUGUGAGCCAGAGCCAACACAAGCAUCUAAGGCGAUUGGUAUGAAUUUUAUUUCUACCAUCCAGGAUUAUCCCGGUAUCAACGUCUCCAGAGGUUUCAUCGAGACGGGCUGUCGAGCUUUGAGCGGGGAUAAGCUAGCCGAUACAAUGGGAUUCUCGCGGCCGAGCGCAGUAUCUCGAAUUGCGUUUCGAGGCUGUUGUACCUUGCUCGUAGUGAUAUCUACGUUGCAGCAGUGGAUUCCUGCUUUUGAUCGACUGAUGAUCCGGGUUCAUCUACCAUAA